CUCCGCUGCGAUCCCACAAUGCACCGUCCGCUGCGCAGCUGCAGAUGGACUGUAGCUCGCUAGCCUCUCGCGCUAGCCGCGUCAUCGCAGUAAAGUUUGACAAACACAUGAUGAACGGCUCGAACCCGCCGCCAGCGCUGCUCUGACGACACAUGCGCCAGGUCGAACUGCUGAUAAGAAUCCUUAUGUUGGUCCUGUCUCUUCCUGAAGCUUCAGCUUAACUGCUUAGCGAUGAACAUUGAUGACAAGCUGGAGGGGAUGCUUAUGAAAUGUAGCCCUGUGGGGCUUCACCACUCAUCCAGAGGUCUGGGAGCCUCAAGGGUGGACGGAAGAGGAAGAAGAGGCAGUUUGGAUAUGACACUCGGGGAACGGAGCUUGGCUAAUCAUCCCCUUUUGGCAGAGGAUGAUGAGGAUGAGGAUGAUGAAGAUGAUAAUGAAGAUCUGGCAGGUGGAGGCCUGAGCUCGCAUGAUCUGAUGUCUCAUGAUGACCUGAUGGUUCACGAGGAGACAGUGAAAAACGAUGGACAGGAUGAAGCCGCUUUCUCACAGCGAAUCUCCCAUAAACUACACUAUACACUCAGUAUGCCAGUAAAUAUAAAGCAGGAGAUGAAAGUGCCAGACUUAUUGAUUCUGAAUAAAAAGGGGAAGAAACCAGGGAGGGACCCAUCUGACUGUCACAAAAAGAAGAAGAGAAAGCAGCGCUCGCCUGCAAAGAUUCUCACUAUCAAUGAAGACGGCUCCCUUGGGCACCAGAACCCAAAAUCUCAUGUCUGUGAGCACUGCAAUGCUGCUUUUCGGACAAACUACCAUUUACAAAGACAUGUCUUCAUUCACACAGGUGAAAAGCCUUUUCAGUGCAAUCAGUGUGACAUGCGCUUUAUUCAGAAGUACCUGCUUCAGAGACAUGAGAAAAUCCACACAGGAGAAAAACCUUUUCGAUGUGAUGAGUGUGGAAUGAAAUUUAUUCAGAAAUACCACAUGGAGAGACAUAAGAGGACACACAGCGGGGAAAAGCCUUACCAGUGUGACUAUUGUCAUCAGUUUUUUUCCAGAACUGACAGAGUACUAAAGCACAGACGAAUGUGCCAUGAGAAUAAGGACAGGAAGGUGCAGAAAGCAGCUGCCAAAGACAGCCCUCUUCGCACCUCAGAGAGCUUGGGCUUCUCUUUUCCUGCCAAGGAAUGCACACUUCCCAAGAAGAAACGUCAGAAGACCUCUGAUAAAAGCCGGGUUGCACUUACAAGUCCAACGGUUGACAAAGUGGUUGAAGCUGGUAACAAGGAGAAGACGGAAGACCAACUGGCCAAAAGCGAGUGUCUUCCUCUUUACACUGUAGCCACCAAGGUCAAGGACGAGUAUGUUGCGACCGAUUACUCCAUUGAGCUCCCUGAUUCCCCGCCUGGCAACAGGCAUCUAACAGGGGAGGAGUCCAAUGACGAGAUCAUCAGUCCUCCAAAGCUAGUGCUGAAGAAAAUUGCCAGCAGAAGAGGUUUGAAACCGCAAGCCCUAGAACAGCCCCAGAGCCUCUCACCCUUGUCCUCAUUUGAAGAGAGCAAAGUUACGAGAUACACGUUUGAAAUUGUGGACAACAAAGGUCUCUUGGAUGUCGAGACCAAUCCUGACAUGGAAUCGGUUGAUGCCCUCCAAGGAGGCCAAACAAAACCAACUGAGAGCAGCACAAAUUACGACGACGCCAUGCAGUUUCUCAAGAAGAAGCGAUACCUUCAGGCUACGGCAAACUCUAGUCGAGACUAUGCGCUUAAUGUGAGCAGCAUUGUGUCACAGCCUUCUGUCACGCAGGCAGCUGUAGCGAGUGUCAUCGAUGAGACCGUUCCCGCCACGAUCCUCUCUGAGACUCAGACACUGAACGUGGAGAUCAAGUCCAGUAACGAGAAGAACGUCCUUCCAGACGAGGUCCUGCAGACGCUUCUCGAUCACUACUCCAAUAAGGCCAACGGGCAAGCAGAGAUUUCCUUCAGUGUGGCAGACACUGAGGUCACAUCCAGCAUUUCUAUCAACUCUUCCGAUGAGAGCAGCCCCACCGAGACUUUGGGAACCAGCUCACAAGCACCCCCGGCUGAGAAGGCCAGCCUUCUCCAGGAGUACUCCAAGUUUCUCCAGCAAGCACUAGAAAGGACCAGUCAGAACGAUACCUACCUGAACAACCAGAGUCUUACGUUUGUAAAUGACACUGCCAGUCUUGCUGGCCAGCCUUUGUUUUCCACGGAGAAGCAGUUCACCUCCCCAUCCCGGUUCAGACCAAGCAUGAACUCGCCAUUGAGAUCCACUUUGGAGAAGCCUAAUUUUAGCCUUUUAGUAGAUUCCCAGCACUCCUUCUCCUUUUCGGGUGACGAGACCAACCCUUCCUCAGUUUCGCCAACAGAGGACUUCCUCGACCAAGUGUCCUCUCUUAAAAAAUCAGAUGCGCAAAGCAUUAGUCAAACAUUUCAGAUUGCUACUUUUGACCAGAACUUUCGAUCUCAAUUCCUGAGCUCACGAUCUGGAUUAUCCUCACAGUUUAGUAUUGCCAGUGGACAAGUUAGCCUGAGAGGUCAUGGAGGACCGGACUUCCCAGAGUUCUCUCUUGUUAGUGAAACAAGAACUCAACUAACUUCAUCUCCAGAUGCUACAAGCAGCCAAACCUUUGGCUAAAUGGUUUUAAAGCAUUUUAAAGGCACUUUAUAGUUCUGUCAGUGAAGGCAAUGUGAUCUCUUUGCAAAUGCUUAUGAUUUUCCAUCUUUAAACAAUCACGCAUGCUUGAGAAUCAAAAGGAGCAGAGUGAUGCACGCAUUAGAUUUUAUUAUUGGAUUAUGGGAUACUCCAUUUGUGUCAUUGCAUUAUUUGUGUAUUACAUAUGGAGUGCUUGGGACAAACACACUAUGGCUUGCAAAAUUAUCUAGUCUGUGUGUUCUAAAAUUAAAAAUUCAAGCUACUACAACAAUACUGUAGUAGUCUAAAUUUUUAGGGUCAAGCGUAGCUUCCCCGAGAAAAAACUAUAGAAAGAUUAAUUCUUAUUUUGCCUCUUGUUA